AUGAAAAAUGUAAAUGGUGGAUGGAGUAGUUGGGAACAAUGGGGAAGCUGGGACAAUUGUACUGCUGAAUGUAAACCAUGUGGUUCGUCCAUAGACCCCUUUCAGAACAGAACUCGAUUGAGAUACUGUAGCAACCCGACACCUUCUUGUAACGGAAAUGAUUGCUCUGGUUUAGGGGAAAUCUCUGAAUCACAGACAUGUAACACACAAUAUUGUAUUGUAAACGGUGGAUGGAGUAGUUGGGGUUCAUGGGGAAGCUGGAACAGUUGUUCUGCUGCAUGUAAACCAUGUGGACAGUCAUCGGAUCCUUACCAGAAAAGAUUACGUUACAGAUCCUGUACCGACCCGAGACCUGCAUGUAACGGGAGUUUAUGCUCUGGAUCAGAGUAUAGCUCUGAAUCAAAAUCAUUAAAUGGUGGAUGGAGUAGUUGGGAACAAUGGGGAAGCUGGGACAAUUGUACUGCUGAAUGUAAACCAUGUGGAUCAUCCACAGACCAUAACAAGACUAGAAUUCGUUACAGAGAUUGUAACAACCCGAGUCCUGCAUGUAAUGGAAGUUUGUGUUCUGGUUCACGGAAUGUCACAGAAUCAACAACAUGUAACACACAAUAUUGCAUAGUAAAUGGUGGAUGGGGAUCAUGGUAUCCAUGGACAACGUGGGCAAACUGUUCGAAUGAAUGUAGAGAAGAUGGUUCAAUAUCACCUACAAGGACACGAACAAGAGAGAGGCUCUGUGAUAAUCCAUCACCCGCAUGUCAUGGGAGAUCCUGUUUCGGCUUGACCCUAGAAAAUUCAACUGAAGAGUGCAACGCACAAUAUUGUCAAAUUGAUGGCGGAUGGUCAACUUUCAAAUCAUGGUCUGGAUGGACUCAAUGUAGCCAAAGUUGUGGAGGAGGAUUAAGAGAGAUAACCAGAUUUAGAUCUUGUACAAAUCCUACACCUUUGCAUGGUGGUGAAAACUGCAAUGGACCUAAUACCAAUGUCGCGUUUGAAGAUUGCAAUACACUGAAAUGUCAAAGUUUUUGUAUAUGUUCAGGAUACGGCGGUGUCCAUUACCACACACCAGAUGGUGCAGAUCUACAUUUUAUGCGAACAUCUAAAUAUAGCUUGUGGGAGUCUACAUUUCCAAAUGAUCCGUGUUCAUUCAGAGUCGAAACGAAAAACAAAAGAAGAUAUGGUUAUUUGCUUUCUUUCUAUCCUCUGUUGAUUGAUUUAUAUAUCAUGAAUACAACAAUUAGUAUACUGCAAAACGCUGUUACUAUGGUAAAUGGUAUAGCCAUAGAACUACCAACCGUAUUGGUAAAUAAAUCAAUGGAAAUAACAAGAAGUGGGAGUUUCAUCACAGCAGUUCAUUCCAAAUGUAACAUACGGGUCCAGUUUGAUGGUGAUCACAUGAUCAAUUUAAAGGUUUCUAAAAAUACUUUUGCUGGAAAGUUAACUGGUCUUUGUGGGAACUGUAAUGGGAAUAAACAAGAUGACUACCAAACCAAGUCCGUAACCGUUGUUUCUGAGAAGGAAUGGGAUGACAACAAAGUCAUAUCAAAUAGUUUCAAAGAUUCGGAUGGUGGUGAACAACCAUUAAUUAAUUUAGUUGGAGUUCAUGACCAAAGUAAAUGUUCAGUAAAAGACAAAGUUCGAGCUAUGAAGGAUGAUCAUUGCUGGUACCUUAUGUCAGAAUCCAGUCCAUUUAAGAUUUGUAAAGAAUCAAAGAAAGUAGAUUUUGCCAAGAAGUACUCUAGUUGUGAAUUUGAUGUUUGCUUCUCUGAUCACGAAAAUUCCCAUUGUCCAACAUUACAGCAUACAGCAUAUGAAUGUAGUCAACAUGGAUAUAUGGUGAAAUGGAGAAACUCAAAUAUUUGUCCCCUUAAUUGCACAGGGGAGUUUGUGUAUAAUACACCCGUUUCAUGUACCAAUACCUGUGAGAACCCAAGAUCCACACAGAAUUGUCAAGAUCCACCUGUUGACGGCUGCACAUGUCCAGAUAAAACAUAUUUGAAUGGCGGUAAAUGUGUUACUAUUGACAAUUGUGGAUCCUGUGAUCUAAAAAUUGAAGGCAUAUCAUCAAAAUUAGCAGUAGGCGAUUCCUAUCCAAAAGGUAACUGCACUGUGUCUCAAAAGUGUGACAUAGUAAAUAACAGCUUCCUAUUAGUAACUAUUCAACCGGUGAAAAUCUGUGAUGUUGAUGAAUUGUGUACAGCAAACGACAUUGGACUAUAUGAUUGUACUAAGAAUUCUAAUUUACUGAAUGUUACUAUUUCUCCAGCUUAUACUGAUGUCCUUGAGGGACAAUCUCAGUUAAUCACAUGUAAUGUAACUGGAAUACCGACAGCUACGUCCAUUACAUGGUUGUUCACACCAUCUGGUUCUAAUCAGUCAAAUUCCUUAAACAUAAGCAAUGCAGAUGAAUAUUCCGGUGGCACCAUUCGGAAUCCUUCCUUAACGGUACUAGAUUUUCGAUUGUCUGAUGGCGGUACAUAUGAAUGUUUUGCUACAAAUGCUGUUGGAACAAGCAACAGCUCAUCUUUAGUUCUUAGAUUCAUUCGGAAUUCCAGUGAAAGUUUUACAUAUUCUUUCUAUUUUUUAGAGCACCUAACAAUAUCAGCAAACCCGUCAAAUGGCACUUCUAUUUACGGAGACGUCUCGUACACGAUUGAGUGUACUAUAAGUGGCAUUCCCCAGGCUACAUCAUGGUCUUGGUCAAAGAGACUCACCACAGGCGGCGAAUUGACAACAAUAUCUGCUGGAAGCAAAUAUACUAUAGUAAAUUCUGCCACUCUUCCGCAUUUAACUAUCAACAGUAUAGUGGAGGAUGACGAACAGGACUAUUUUUGUCAAGGGACCAAUGAUGCAGGAUCACAAAUCAGUAUACACGCAAGGCUUAUUGUUAAUGGAGAUUUACUGAAUGUUACUAUUUCUCCAGCUUAUACUGAUGUCCUUGAGGGACAAUCUCAGUUAAUCACAUGUAAUGUAACUGGAAUACCGACAGCUACGUCCAUUACAUGGUUGUUCACACCAUCUGGUUCUAAUCAGUCAAAUUCCUUAAACAUAAGCAAUGCAGAUGAAUAUUCCGGUGGCACCAUUCGGAAUCCUUCCUUAACGGUACUAGAUUUUAAAUUGUCUGAUGGCGGUACAUAUGAAUGUUUUGCUACAAAUGCUGUUGGAACAAGCAACAGCUCAUCUUCAGUUCUAAGAUUCAUUCAGCACCUAACAAUAUCAGUAAACCCGUCAAAUGGCACUGCUAUUUACGGAGACGUCUCGUACACGAUUGAGUGUACUAUAAGUGGCAUUCCCCAGGCUACAUCAUGGUCUUGGUCAAAGAGACUCACCACAGGCGGCGAAUUGACAACAAUAUCUGCUGGAAGCAAAUAUACUAUAGUAAAUUCUGCCACUCUUCCGCAUUUAACUAUCAACAGUAUAGUGGAAGAUGACGAACAGGACUAUUUUUGUCAAGGGACCAAUGAUGCAGGAACACAAAUUAGUAUACACGCAAGGCUUAUUGUUAAUGGAGAUUUACUGAAUGUUACUAUUUCUCCAGCUUAUACUGAUGUCCUUGAGGGACAAUCUCAGUUAAUCACAUGUAAUGUAACUGGAAUACCGACAGCUACGUCCAUUACAUGGUUGUUCACACCAUCUGGUUCUAAUCAGUCAAAUUCCUUAAACAUAAGCAAUGCUGAUGAAUAUUCCGGUGGCACCAUUCGGAAUCCUUCCUUAACGGUACUAGAUUUUCAAUUGUCUGAUGGCGGCACAUAUGAAUGUUUUGCUACAAAUGCUGUUGGAACAAGCAACAGCUCAUCUUCAGUUCUUAGAUUCAUUCAGCACCUAACAAUAUCAGUAAACCCGUCAAAUGGCACUGCUAUUUACGGAGACGUCUCGUACACGAUUGGGUGUACUAUAAGUGGCAUUCCCCAGGCUACAUCAUGGUCUUGGUCAAAGAGACUCACCACAGGCGGCGAAUUGACAACAAUAUCUGCUGGAAGCAAAUAUACUAUAGUAAAUUCUGCCACUCUUCCGCAUUUAACUAUCAACAGUAUAGUGGAAGAUGACGAACAGGACUAUUUUUGUCAAGGGACCAAUGAUGCAGGAACACAAAUUAGUAUACACGCAAGGCUUAUUGUUAAUGGAGAUUUACUGAAUGUUACUAUUUCUCCAGCUUAUACUGAUGUCCUUGAGGGACAAUCUCAGUUAAUCACAUGUAAUGUAACUGGAAUACCGACAGCUACGUCCAUUACAUGGUUGUUCACACCAUCUGGUUCUAAUCAGUCAAAUUCCUUAAACAUAAGCAAUGCAGAUGAAUAUUCCGGUGGCACCAUUCGGAAUCCUUCCUUAACGGUACUAGAUUUUAAAUUGUCUGAUGGCGGUACAUAUGAAUGUUUUGCUACAAAUGCUGUUGGAACAAGCAACAGCUCAUCUUCAGUUCUAAGAUUCAUUCAGCACCUAACAAUAUCAGUAAACCCGUCAAAUGGCACUGCUAUUUACGGAGACGUCUCGUACACGAUUGAGUGUACUAUAAGUGGCAUUCCCCAGGCUACAUCAUGGUCUUGGUCAAAGAGACUCACCACAGGCGGCGAAUUGACAACAAUAUCUGCUGGAAGCAAAUAUACUAUAGUAAAUUCUGCCACUCUUCCGCAUUUAACUAUCAACAGUAUAGUGGAAGAUGACGAACAGGACUAUUUUUGUCAAGGGACCAAUGAUGCAGGAACACAAAUUAGUAUACACGCAAGGCUUAUUGUUAAUGGAGAUUUACUGAAUGUUACUAUUUCUCCAGCUUAUACUGAUGUCCUUGAGGGACAAUCUCAGUUAAUCACAUGUAAUGUAACUGGAAUACCGACAGCUACGUCCAUUACAUGGUUGUUCACACCAUCUGGUUCUAAUCAGUCAAAUUCCUUAAACAUAAGCAAUGCUGAUGAAUAUUCCGGUGGCACCAUUCGGAAUCCUUCCUUAACGGUACUAGAUUUUCAAUUGUCUGAUGGCGGCACAUAUGAAUGUUUUGCUACAAAUGCUGUUGGAACAAGCAACAGCUCAUCUUCAGUUCUUAGAUUCAUUCAGCACCUAACAAUAUCAGUAAACCCGUCAAAUGGCACUGCUAUUUACGGAGACGUCUCGUACACGAUUGGGUGUACUAUAAGUGGCAUUCCCCAGGCUACAUCAUGGUCUUGGUCAAAGAGACUCACCACAGGCGGCGAAUUGACAACAAUAUCUGCUGGAAGCAAAUAUACUAUAGUAAAUUCUGCCACUCUUCCGCAUUUAACUAUCAACAGUAUAGUGGAAGAUGACGAACAGGACUAUUUUUGUCAAGGGACCAAUGAUGCAGGAACACAAAUUAGUAUACACGCAAGGCUUAUUGUUAAUGGAGAUUUACUGAAUGUUACUAUUUCUCCAGCUUAUACUGAUGUCCUUGAGGGACAAUCUCAGUUAAUCACAUGUAAUGUAACUGGAAUACCGACAGCUACGUCCAUUACAUUGUUGUUCACACCAUCUGGUUCUAAUCAGUCAAAUUCCUUAAACAUAAGCAAUGCAGAUGAAUAUUCCGGUGGCACCAUUCGGAAUCCUUCCUUAACGGUUCUAGAUUUUCAAUUGUCUGAUGGCGGUACAUAUGAAUGUUUUGCUACAAAUGCUGUUGGAACAAGCAACAGCUCAUCUUCAGUUCUUAGAUUCAUUCAGCACCUAACAAUAUCAGUAAACCCGUCAAAUGGCACUGCUAUUUACGGAGACGUCUCGUACACGAUUGAGUGUACUAUAAGUGGCAUUCCCCAGGCUACAUCAUGGUCUUGGUCAAAGAGACUCACCACAGGCGGCGAAUUGACAACAAUAUCUGCUGGAAGCAAAUAUACUAUAGUAAAUUCUGCCACUCUUCCGCAUUUAACUAUCAACAGUAUAGUGGAGGAUGACGAACAGGACUAUUUUUGUCAAGGGACCAAUGAUGCAGGAACACAAACCAGUAUACACGCAAGGCUUAUUGUUAAUGGAGAUUUACUGAAUGUUACUAUUUCUCCAGCUUAUACUGAUGUCCUUGAGGGACAAUCUCAGUUAAUCACAUGUAAUGUAACUGGAAUACCGACAGCUACGUCCAUUACAUGGUUGUUCACACCAUCUGGUUCUAAUCAGUCAAAUUCCUUAAACAUAAGCAAUGCUGAUGAAUAUUCCGGUGGCACCAUUCGGAAUCCUUCCUUAACGGUACUAGAUUUUCAAUUGUCUGAUGGCGGUACAUAUGAAUGUUUUGCUACAAAUGCUGUUGGAACAAGCAACAGCUCAUCUUCAGUUCUUAGAUUCAUUCAGCACCUAACAAUAUCAGUAAACCCGUCAAAUGGCACUGCUAUUUACGGAGACGUCUCGUACACGAUUGAGUGUACUAUAAGUGGCAUUCCCCAGGCUACAUCAUGGUCUUGGUCAAAGAGACUCACCACAGGCGGCGAAUUGACAACAAUAUCUGCUGGAAGCAAAUAUAUUAUAGUAAAUUCGGCCACUCUUCCGCAUUUAACUAUCAACAGUAUAGUGGAGGAUGACGAACAGGACUAUUUUUGUCAAGGGACCAAUGAUGCAGGAACACAAAUUAGUAUACACGCAAGGCUUAUUGUUAAUGGAGAUUUACUGAAUGUUACUAUUUCUCCAGCUUAUACUGAUGUCCUUGAGGGACAAUCUCAGUUAAUCACAUGUAAUGUAACUGGAAUACCGACAGCUACGUCCAUUACAUGGUUGUUCACACCAUCUGGUUCUAAUCAGUCAAAUUCCUUAAACAUAAGCAAUGCUGAUGAAUAUUCCGGUGGCACCAUUCAGAAUCCUUCCUUAACGGUACUAGAUUUUCAAUUGUCUGAUGGCGGUACAUAUGAAUGUUUUGCUACAAAUGCUGUUGGAACAAGCAACAGCUCAUCUUCAGUUCUUAGAUUCAUUCAGCACCUAACAAUAUCAGUAAACCCGUCAAAUGGCACUGCUAUUUACGGAGACGUCUCGUACACGAUUGAGUGUACUAUAAGUGGCAUUCCCCAGGCUACAUCAUGGUCUUGGUCAAAGAGACUCACCACAGGCGGCGAAUUGACAACAAUAUCUGCUGGAAGCAAAUAUACUAUAGUAAAUUCGGCCACUCUUCCGCAUUUAACUAUCAACAGUAUAGUGGAGGAUGACGAACAGGACUAUUUUUGUCAAGGGGCCAAUGAUGCAGGAACACAAAUUAGUAUACACGCAAGGCUUAUUGUUAAUGGAGAUUUACUGAAUGUUACUAUUUCUCCAGCUUACACUGAUGUCCUUGAGGGACAAUCUCAGUUAAUCACAUGUAAUGUAACUGGAAUACCGACAGCUACGUCCAUUACAUGGUUGUUCACACCAUCUGGUUCUAAUCAGUCAAAUUCCUUAAACAUAAGCAAUGCAGAUGAAUAUUCCGGUGGCACCAUUCGGAAUCCUUCCUUAACGGUACUAGAUUUUCAAUUGUCUGAUGGCGGUACAUAUGAAUGUUUUGCUACAAAUGCUGUUGGAACAAGCAACAGCUCAUCUUCAGUUCUUAGAUUCAUUCAGCACCUAACAAUAUCAGUAAACCCGUCAAAUGGCACUGCUAUUUACGGAGACGUCUCGUACACGAUUGAGUGUACUAUAAGUGGCAUUCCCCAGGCUACAUCAUGGUCUUGGUUAAAGAGACUCACCACAGGCGGCGAAUUGACAACAAUAUCUGCUGGCAGCAAAUAUACUAUAGUAAAUUCUGCCACUCUUCCGCAUUUAACUAUCAACAAUAUAGUGGAGGAUGACGAAAAGGACUAUUUUUGUCAAGGGACCAAUGAUGCAGGAACACAAACCAGUAUACACGCAAGGCUUAUUGUUAAUGGAGAUUUACUGAAUGUUACUAUUUCUCCAGCUUAUACUGAUGUCCUUGAGGGACAAUCUCAGUUAAUCACAUGUAAUGUAACUGGAAUACCGACAGCUACGUCCAUUACAUGGUUGUUCACACCAACUGGUUCUAAUCAGUCACAUUCCUUAAACAUAAGCAAUGCAGAUGAAUAUUCUGGUGGCACCAUUCACGAUCCUUCCUUAACGGUACUAGAUUUUCAAUUGUCUGAUGGCGGUACAUAUGAAUGUUUUGCUACAAAUGCUGUUGGAACAAGCAACAGCUCAUCUUCAGUUCUUAGAUUCAUUCAGCACCUAACAAUAUCAGUAAACCCGUCAAAUGGCACUGCUAUUUACGGAGACGUCUCGUACACGAUUGAGUGUACUAUAAGUGGCAUUCCCCAGGCUACAUCAUGGUCUUGGUUAAAGAGACUCACCACAGGCGGCGAAUUGACAACAAUAUCUGCUGGCAGCAAAUAUACUAUAGUAAAUUCUGCCACUCUUCCGCAUUUAACUAUCAACAGUAUAGUGGAGGAUGACGAACAGGACUAUUUUUGUCAAGGGACCAAUGAUGCAGGAACACAAAUCAGUAUACACGCAAGGCUUAUUGUUAAUGGAGAUUUACUGAAUGUUACUAUUUCUCCAGCUUAUACUGAUGUCCUUGAGGGACAAUCUCAGUUAAUCACAUGUAAUGUAACUGGAAUACCGACAGCUACGUCCAUUACAUGGUUGUUCACACCAACUGGUUCUAAUCAGUCACAUUCCUUAAACAUAAGCAAUGCAGAUGAAUAUUCUGGUGGCACCAUUCACGAUCCUUCCUUAACGGUACUAGAUUUUCAAUUGUCUGAUGGCGGUACAUAUGAAUGUUUUGCUACAAAUGCUGUUGGAACAAGCAACAGCUCAUCUUCAGUUCUUAGAUUCAUUCAUUUACAGAAUGUUACUAUUUCCCCAGCUUAUGUUGAUGUCCUUGAGGGACAAUCUCACAUAAUCACAGAGCUCCUAACAAUAUCAAUAAAUCCGUCAAAUGGCACUGCUAUUUACGGAGACGUCUCGUACACAAUUGAGUGUACUAUAAGUGGCAUUCCCCAGGCUACAUCAUGGUCUUGGUUAAAGAGACUAAUCACAGGCGGCGAAUUGACAACAAUAUCUGCUGGAAGCAAAUAUACUAUAGUAAAUUCUGCCACUCUUCCGCAUUUAACUAUCAACAGUAUAGUUGAGGAUGACGAACAGGACUAUUUUUGUCAAGGGACCAAUGAUGCAGGAACACAAAUCAGUACAAGUGCAAGGCUAAUUGUUAAUGAAGAUCAGUUCUAAGUUUAGCUGAUGAAGUAAAUAAGAACUACAUUCUAAUGACAUUCAACGCAAUUGUACAAACAUUAUUAAUUGCAAUAUUUGAUAAAAGUGACAAUUGAUUAGGGGAAAACAUGUCAAAGAGAGACACCAUAUUAUUUGUGAUAGUAAAGAAAAAGAAAUGCACUAAAAAAUUAGUUCUAUGUAAUAAAUCAAGAUAAAUUUUUCUGCAUUUUUGCAUUGGUUUUCUUUGAAAUGAAAUUGCGUGCAUACCUUUUGAAGUGUUGAAUCCUGAUGUAUUUUCAACAGCAUAAGCGCAAACUCGAAAUCGAAGCAAGAGUAUUUGAUAUAGCAUCUCACUUCAGAUUCUAUCAUUUUUAUAUAUCAAAGCUGCAGGUUGAAUUUAUAACGUCAAAAAAUCACAGUACUAAAAGAUGAAAUAUAUGGGUCAAGUGAAAUACCUAUCUAAUGAAUCACAAAAACAGAGUAGGUGUGUUCGAAUAGCUAUUUUUUUCUAAAAGUACUUGACGUCAGUCUUUUAAUUUGGAUGAUGAAAAUGGAUAUCUUCGAAAAAAUAUGACUUUCUUGUGUGUGAUUACUAGGGUUUAAAAUCUUCAACCACUGAAAAUGAUUAGUCGGCCCUUCCACGGCUCGAAAUAUUUAAUUACAAUUUUUUUAAAUGCUUAAGAAUUUUCCAAAAUUCCACCUGACAUCCGAACAGACAAUAUUUUUAAGUUGAAUCAAUGCAGACAAGAUCAUUAACUGAUGCUCAUUAGCUAGUAGAUACAUUUAACUGAUAUAUAACGAUCGAUCGUAAUGGUACUAUGUGGAUAAAUUUAUCAGUUUUCAAGAGCAAAAUUGGCAGAGCGUCAUCCCUACAAUGGCUUCCAUUUCUACGAUUGUGAGCAUGAACUGGCGUAAUGGGGAGACAAUUUUGAAGAAGAAGAAGAAUCCUGACUGUAGGGAUAACAUUUCUUUAUAUAUACAACUUGACAACGUUCCGCCUUGUGAUACGUUCGUACAAGACUAUUUUAAGGAUCUGCUUUGCUGGAGCUCACCUUCACUAGUUUAGUCGUAUAAUAUUUUCAAAAUAUUUCUGUUAUUUUAUUUUCACGACAAAAUGGAAGACGAUGUAAUAUCAAUGGGUUUACAUGCAUUGAAAUUUUUAA